ACCCAUAAUUCUCUCGGCGUGACGUCCUAACAAAGCGUCGCUGCACGUUGAUUCACGGGAAAGGUUCAGCCAGUGUGAAUCAGCCGCAUUUCACUGUGAUUAGACACACCAGAAACCAAAAAAGAUGGCAGACACUCAGGAAGCGUCUCCUCUGGAGAAGAAGGUGGCAGAACAGAUUGAGUACUAUUUCGGUGACCACAAUCUUCCUCGGGACAAGUUUCUAAAGGAGCAGCUACAGGUAGACGAUGGCUGGGUCACUAUAGAGACCAUGCUCAAAUUUAAUAGGCUGAAAAGUCUCACAUCAGACGUGGCCGUCAUUGUCGAGUCGCUACAGAAAUCUCAAACCGGUCUUAUGGAGAUCAGCGAGGACAAAACCAAAAUAAGACGAAAUCCCAACAAACCUCUUCCAGAGAACAAUGAGGAAUACAGAGACGCUCUCAAACACAAAUCCAUCUACAUGAAAGGUUUUCCCCUCGACAUUUCGCUGGAUGAGGUAAAAGAGUGGCUUUCUGAUAAAGGAGCAGUUGAGAACAUCCACAUGAGAAAAGGACCACAAAAGACUUUUAAAGGCUCAAUUUUUGCGGUUCUGGAAUCUGAAGAUGCUGCCAAGGCUUUUGUUGAGCGCGCUGAUGUGAAAGAAUUCAAAGGAAAUGAGAUGAUUGUUAUGAUGAAAGAGGACUACUUUUCUAAAAAGAUGGCCGAGCGGAAGCAGAACCGUGUGGAGGCGAAGGCCAAAGCCAAAACUGAUAAGGAGGUCAAGCAGAAGCAAGCCGAGGAGGAAGAGCUGAAAUCCCUAAAUGACCAGAGAGGCUGUCUGCUAAAGUUUUCUGGUGAAUUGGAUCAAACAUCAAGAGAAGAUUUUCACAAGGUCUUCUCAGAUCAUGCUCAGAUUAAAUGGAUUGAUUUCACCAGAGGAGCUAAAGAGGGCACAAUCCUAUUCCACUCAAACGCCAAAGAAGCUUUGGAAAAAGCCCGCGAGGCUCAGGGAGGCGAGGAUCUCAAGGUUAAAGAUCAAGUCGUUCAUUGGGAAGUGCUUGAGGGAGACACAGAAAUGGAGACGUUGAAGAAGAUCAUUGAAGAUCAGCAGGAUACCAUGAACAAACGCAAAGGAGGAAGAGGAGGUCACAGGGGUCGUGGAAGAGGGAGAGGAGGCCGCAGAGACCGAGGAGGAAGAGAACAGACACAGUUCCAGGGAAAGAAGACCAAGUUUGAGAGUGAUGAUGAGGCAGAUGAAGAACAAGCCAGUCCAAAGAAGAGGCCGCUUGAGUCUAACGGGCAAGACAAUGAAGCGCCAGCUGCCAAACAAGCUAAAAGUGAAAACAGUUCUUAAGGGCGAAGACACGUGGCCUUACUUUUGUACAGUAGAAAUUUCCUUAAAGAAGUCCAGAAGAUGCACUCAGACUGCUACACGACAGCCGGACCUUCUAAAAUUCCCCAUGAUAAAGCUUCAUAGACCACAUUCAUAUGGAAAUCUUUUUAUUUUCUUAAGAAAGCAUGCAUGUUAGGUUCUAUUUAUUUGCUGUACACGCAUAUAUAGUUACCAAAAAACCUUUACGAUUUCUGCAAACCUUUCAAUGUCCAGAUUUCAUGUCCGUUCUUUCUCAACCGUUUGCUGAAAGCGACACACGUGAGUUUAGGUUUCAUUGAAUCCAGUACUGUAUCAUUUUAUAAGGCCUGCAUGAGAUCUUAAGGAAACAUCUUUUGCUAAUUUUUAGUGAUCUGCUGAAAGAUAAAGCUUUUUCUAUGAGUGAAUAAUGUUAUUAUAAAUUUGUUUUGUAGUUGAACUACUAAAUAAUUCAACAAAUAAUCUUGUUUUUCCUAUAUGUUGCUUAAAAGUCUGCAUUAAGUGGUUACAUGGGCGUGUAGAUCUGGGCUCUUAUUAUGAAAUGUUUCUUUUGGAAGUUUUUUUUAAUCGACUUUUCGUUAAAUCUCACAGCAGCCAUUAAGCAAUACACAUGUCUCUUAAUCUUAAGUGUUGUUUUAGAUGCUAUGUUUCAGAAAUAACCAAUUCAGGGUUUCAACAAGCACUCUUUUUUUCUGUAAAGAAGAAAUAUUACAUUUGAAUUUCAAUAAAGGGUCUGAACGUUGAA